UCAGUCGACGUCAAGCCGUCGGUACGAGCGUGUGCAUCAGGUUCCAUUAUCAAAAAAUUUGCCGACAAUAACGUGUCCGAAAUCGUGAUAAUGCACUGACAUUACCCAAAAUUUUCCAUUAACCAUUCGAUUGAUUUAAUUCGCGAUUAAAAUUUAAUACCGCAAAAAAUAAUUCACGCUAUUACGACUCGCGAAAACGGGGAGAAUAAUGAGAAGUAAAAAAUAACGAUAGCUACUGUAUUUUGGUUGAGUGAUAUUUACGUGUAAUUGUGGGUUUAUCGUGAACAGUGCAUUGGAUUAUAGUUAUGAGGUAUCAAUCAUAAACCCAGCAAAGAAAAACCACACUGUCGAGUUGAGCCCGUUCAUAACUGAGGGACAGAGGUGGUAAAGGAGACGAUGAUUGAGCCUCGGAAAUAACCACCGAGGUCCGCCCUCCUCCCUCGUUCCCAUCACGGGUGAAGAAAAACAAGAAUCGAGAGGGUCUGGAGGUGGUGGAGUGCGGAGGAGGUGGCGGAGGUGGAGACGAGGGUGAAGUUGAUGGUGAAGAGGAGACAGAAGGAGUCGAAACAAGGGACUAUGAAGUGAUCACCAUAUCAACCUGACAAUCGAACAGAGGAUUUUGCCGAUUGUUGGAGAAGAUAAACGCAGAGAGCCUGCAGUACAACGAGAUAAAUAGAAAAAAAAAACUCAAGUUUAAAUAGAUAAAGCUUACGUGUGCGCUUCCCGUUUGGAGAGAGGGGCUAAUUAAAUUUUACUCGUGAUUGAUAAUUCAAAAAUACUGAGAGACAGUCGUGAGAGAACUGACGAGUUGCUCACAAUCUUCGAGACUAAACAGUGAGUGACUCAGACCAGUGUUCAGUGUUUGUUUUGGUGAGUGAUAUAGUGCCGUGUAAUUCAGUUUGAGACACAGUAACCGUGAUUUAUUCAGGUAUCGUAAUAAGGGAUAGUGAUUGAUAAAAAAUAUUUAUAUCCCAUGAAAAUGCUACAGUCUCUGAACGCUCUGGCGGGCAAAAUAUCGCCGGGCUCGCCUACCGAUGGCAAUGCCAACAAAGUUCACCUACAGAACAACAAUAACAAUAAUUUCAAUAAUAACAACAAUAAUAACGUGUCGCAUCAUCCCCAUCCGUACUCGAAGCAACAGUCGACGAGAAUGCAACCGAGUAAUGGAGACAGCCAGAAAGAGAACAGCAUGAUCGAGAAUAGUUUGGAGAAGCCCGAUCCAGACACGAUUAAAAUGUUCGUUGGCCAAGUACCACACGACAUGGAGGAGAAUGAUCUGCGAGAGAUGUUCGAGCAGUUCGGCAGGGUUCACCAGAUCAAUGUUCUACGAAACAAAUACACGGGCACUCACCAAGGCUGCUGUUUUGUUACAUUUUAUACGAGGAAGGCAGCUCUCGCAGCCCAGAAUGCACUGCACAAUAUUAAAACAUUCAAUGGGAUGCACCGACCAAUCCAGAUGAAACCGGCAGACUGCGGCCACCGCAACGAUCGAAAACUGUUCGUGGGUAUGCUAUCGAAAAAGUACACGGAGAAUGAUGUGAGAAAUAUGUUCGACGUUUACGGUGCAAUCGAAGAGUGCUCAGUACUCCGUGAUAAUAGUACUGGCCAAAGUAGAGGCUGUGCAUUUGUUACAUUUGCCAGUAAACAAUACGCCAUAAAUGCCAUCAAAGCCCUGCACCACUCACGUACAAUGGAGGGAUGUUCGUCACCACUGGUGGUCAAAUUUGCGGAUACACAGAAGGAGAAGGACCAGAAGAGGAUGCAACAGUUGCAGGCCAAUUUGUGGAACAUUGCUGCUGUCAAUAUGACAUCACCGCCUUAUCUAACCAACAACGAUACACCUACACUAGCCCCAACAUCACUCCAGUUACUCCAGCAGUUGCAAGCGAGUUCAAGUGCUGCAACGCCAGUUGCUAGUAAUACCGGAGCUGCCAGUGCAUUAUCAAGUGUGCAACAUCAAUUGCUGCUUCAGCAACACCUAGGACUGAGUGCUGCAACCGCAUCACAAGCUGCGGCAGCCCCAGCAGUACCAAGCUCUCCCGAGAUCAGUCAAGCUAAUCUUCAGAGUCUAGCAACCCUGGCCUCCCUCGGUAAUUCCACCGGUGAGUACGCAAAUGCUGCUGUAUCACCAAUGAGUAUGCAAGAUUUAGUAACACUGGCGGCAAUGACUGGUGGCAGCAGUAAUCUGCAAGUGCAGCCGAGCUCGCUCAGCGGAUUGGGAAAUUCAACGGCAGGUAUGUCACUAUGGUCCACUGGCAACAGUUUCAAUCCAGUGACGUCUCUCACGCUCAAUUCACUGACUGCUUCACCACUGAGUGGCAUUCAGGACUCAUUGACAAGUGCUUAUUCGAGUCUACAGCAAUACGCAGGAUUUCCAACUCUAACGACAACUGGUAGCACAACAGCAAUAGCUGCUGCUGCACUGGCUGCACAGCAGCAGGCAAUGAUAUCCAAUGCCGCUGGCAAGCAAAUUGAGGGCCCAGAGGGAUGCAACCUAUUCAUCUAUCAUCUACCCCAAGAAUUUACUGAUAUGGAUCUAGCAUCGACAUUUGUACAAUUUGGCAAUAUGCUGUCAGCCAAAGUCGUCGUCGAUCUCAAAACCAACAUGAGCAGGUGCUUCGGUUUUGUAUCAUACGACAACCCAACAAGUGCUGCAGCUGCAAUACAAACGAUGAAUGGAUUUCACAUAGGCACUAAACGACUGAAGGUGGAACACAAAAGAGCCAAAGAGGCUGCCAAGCCCUAUUAGUUCCCCCCCAACGGGCUUCAUUAUUAAUAGGUGGCCUGUGACGUUGUGACUGUUAUACUAUCAACUGGAGUUCUCGCCCCCGUGCCAUGUCUGUCUCAGUUCAGUCACGACUCGAUCAGUCUCUGUGUUUUGUCGGUGCCUGUUGCAACUAUACCAUCAUCAAAAAAAAAAGAAAAAAAAACGAAAAACGAAAAAAAAA